AUGGAGAACCCAGCAAUGGCCCCUCUCGCAGGGCCAUCGAGGAGGCCAGGGUAUACCCGGCAGAGGCGCGGAUGCCUGACUUGCCGUCAAAGAAAGAAGAAGUGUGACCAGAUCUACCCUGUUUGCAGCCACUGCUCGCGGCUCAACCUGGUCUGCAAGCGUGAACCACCUCGCCCCCUGAGGUCGUCAUCGCCUGUGCCAUCGGACACGGCGGCCAGAACCGAUUCUGCCAUGACAAGAACUCCGAGAAUAGAUCAGCAACUCCGGGGCAUAACACACUUGUGUCAGCCUUUGGGUCUGCCGCUCUCGGAGUCGGACGAUGCAGAGGCUGAGGACCUGAUUGGAAGUAGACGAGCCAUGUUGCGAUACUACACGGCAACGUUUGCAUUCCUAAUCACUACCAACCUAGAGAACAACUGCUUCCUAUCUGUCAUUCUUCCUAUGGCAUUUGAAUGCCCACCCCUUAUGUAUGCAGUGUCAGCAUGGGCCUCGUCCCAUCUGGCCUUGCGAGAUGACAAGUUCAAGCCCUUGUCUCUACGCCAUCGUGGAUAUGCUCUAGCACGUCUCCAAGAGUCGGUUCAACAAAGUCAGCUCUCGACAGAAAUGUGUCUCGCAGUCACAAUGGUCCUCUGCUCUAUGGAGUCAAUAUCUGAAGCCACUGACAGCUGGUACCCCCAUCUCACGGGCGCAGCUGCAGCUCUAGCACAGGGGCCAAACUCGGUGUAUGACCCGAAACAGGCAGUGCAGGUGACGUUUGAGGGGAGAUGGCUACUCCGCAAUUUUGCGUACCACGAUGUCAUGAUGAGUGUCUCGAUGGAUCGCCCACCCUUGAUUAAAGGCUUCUAUUGGGCGGCAGCAGAUGAAUCUCUACCGGAUCCGUACUUUGGCUUCGCGUCACGUCUGCUGUUUCUUGUGUCUGAGACCAGCGUCCUUAAUGCUGACUUUGCAGAUGCAAAUGGCAUUUCCCAAACUGGCCAAACCAUCAACCAUGGUGAUCGGUCAAUUCGGGCUCGGAAUAUUGAGGAUGAACUUCAACGCUGGGUGUGUCCUUCGAACGAGCGCGGCUCACCACUGGCACUGCUGGGCGAAGCCUACCGUAACGCCGCACUCAUUCAUCUGUACCGAACCCUCAGGCGCCAUGUAAGUGGCUAUUCUGUUGUGCUACAGGCCAAGAUAAAAGCAUGUGUUGAAGCCAUCGUCAAACUCAGCCGGGAAGUCUCGGAAGGAUGCUUGGUGGAAUGCACACUGCUGUUCCCCCUCUUCAUGGCUGGAGGAGAAGCCCACGAGAUGUCCGAGAUCGAGGCCAUUCGGGAAAAACUCGGUGACAUGAUUAGGUGGCGAAAAUUCCGCAAUGUUGAGGCGUGUCUUGAGAUACUUGAUGAAGUUUGGCGCCGGAGGGCGGAUGGCUCGCGGAGGAGUGACCAGGGACAUGUGGAUUGGGUAGAUAUUGUGAAACACAGAGGAUGGAAGCUUUCGAUAUCGUAA